UUCCAACUGACCGUGAACGUAGUAGCCAUCCUCCUGGCCUUUCUGGGCGCAUGCAUCAUCAACGAAUCGCCUAUCACGUCCAUACAAAUGUUGUGGAUCAAUCUGAUCAUGGACACCUUAGCCUCCCUGGCACUGGCCACAGACUCCCCCACCCCAGAUUUACUGAAGCGGAAACCAUACGGACGUAACAAG